AUGGCUGAUACUCCUAAAGGCAAGGGUGUAGCGCCAUCUCAGCCUCCACCAUCUCAACCCCCUCAGUCAUUGCAUCAAGGCGAUAGUGGGUAUUUUCCUUUUCAGCAGUCAUACUUUGGGCAACCACCUCAUGCAUUUCCCACCAUGCCAUUCCAUGAUGGCAGUUACUUCCCGAUGCACCCUCAUUUUGGGUCAUACACGAGCAUGCUAAGUUCUCCUACUUUGCCUACACAAUUCCAUAGUCCUAAUAUUAGUGGGGUGCAACUUUCUCCCAGUAGUGGUUAUGGCUCAACUCCCGAAUCAGGUUCCAAACGGGUGCUCAUAGAAGGAGGGGAAGAAACAUCACCAAAUCCAAAGAAGAGGAGGAAAAACACAUCAACAAAUAAAAAAAAUAGUGAGACUGGAGGUCUUAAAGGUAACAAACAUAUGUUCUGGGAUUCCCGUUACGAUGAUGAGCUCAUUCCAUUUCUUGCCGACAUGGACAAGAGCUUUAAGAAUGCUAAACUUAGACAAUAUGUCAAUAAACCCUUGACUCACUAUGAUGAUCUUUCCCUUAUCAUCGGGGAUGAUCAAGCUAGAGGAGAAUUUGCAUGUGAUGCUUGGAAAAAAUUUAGUCGUAGUGAGUCCAUAAAUCUUGGAGAUGAUGGUGACUCGCCUUUACCUGCCUCACAAUCCCCUCAAGUACACAUUUUAGAUGAAGAGGACACUCCUCCGCCUAAGGAAACACCCGCCAUAUCAAGUUCUAAAGCAAAGGUAUGUGUUGCUAAGGGAAAGGCUCGUAGGAACAACCUAGAAGAUGAGCUCAUGUUAAAAAUGGUGGAUAAGAUAGAUGUAUUUAGCGCAAACAUGAAGAUAUUUCCUAAGAUGCAAGCAACCUACAAUGUGUACACAUUGUACUGGAUGGCUAUUGCUCUGGGGCAUUUAGGUAUUUGGUUUUCGUUGGUUUGUGACAAUUUCCAGUUUUGUGCACACCAGUUUUGUGAGCUCACUGUUUGUGGAUGCUCUGUUGUUCAACUUCUAUUUGAGCUAAUAUUUUGUGGAGUUCUAUGUGUGCUCAGAUUUUCCGCACUGUUUGUUGAUUAUGAUACUAUUAGCAACCUGCAAUAUCUAUUGAUAUUGCACUGGAUGGCUAACGAUGAUGAUAUUGAGCAAGCAGAGCAUCAGAGACCGGUAGGGACACUUCAGCCCUUGCCUAUUCCGGAGUGGAAGUGGGCGGAUAUUUCCAUGGACUUCAUAGUGGGAUUGCCGAAGUCAAAGAAGGGGAAUGAUUCGGUUUGGGUGAUAGUGGACCGGUUGACGAAGUCAGCCCAUUUCAUCCCGGUGAGGACCACUUAUACAGCUGAGUCUUAUGCGAGGAUCUUCAUUCGGGAGAUAGUUCGACUUCACGGAGUGCCAGAUACGAUCGUAUCAGAUCGGGGAUCGGUUUUCACUUCACACUUUUGGAGGAGUUUUCAGGACUCAUUUGGCAGCACGCUAUCUUAUAGCAGUGUAUUUCACCCCCAGACGGAUGGCCAGACAGAGAGGGUGAAUCAGGUGUUGGAGGACAUGUUGCGGGCAUGUGUCAUUGACUUCCAAGGCAGUUGGGAGGAUCAUAUUCCACUAGCAGAGUUCGCUUAUAACAACAGUUAUCAAGCGACGAUCGGUAUGGCCCCGUAUGAAGCAUUGUAUGGGAGACCUUGUAGAUCACCGAUAUGUUGGGCCGAGCCGGAGGACAGCUUGAUGCUUGGGCCAGAGCUAGUGAGGCAGACUACUGAGAAGGUAGCUUUGAUCAGAGAGCGGAUUCUAGCCGCUCAGAGUCGGCAGAAGAGCUAUGCAGAUAAGAGGCGAAGACCCCUAGAAUUUCAGAUUGGGGAUCAGGUUAUGCUGAAGGUAUCGCCUAUGAAAGGCGUACAGCGAUUCGGGAGGCGAGGGAAGCUUGCACCGAGAUAUAUUGGACCUUUCCGGAUUUUGGAGUGCAUUGGAGCUGUAUCAUACAGACUAGAUCUUCCAGCUUCUAUGUCUAGUAUACACAAUGUAUUCCACAUUUCUAUGCUCAAGAAACACUUGCACGAUGAGGAGCGGCAACGAGUGUUGGAUGCACCGGAGAUCGAGCUUAGGGAUGAUUUGUCGACUAUUGAGAUUCCAGUGGCCAUACUUGCUAGAGAAGACAAGAGACUCAGGAACAAGGUGAUUCCAUUGGUAAAAGUUCAAUGGAACCGAAGUGGAGUAGAGGAAGCUUCUUGGGAGCGCGAUGAGGACAUGCGAUGCGACUACCCACACUUGUUCGAGUAG